UCCUGUUCGUGCUCAAAUUCCAAGCUUCAGAAUGCUUAAUAGUAUGACGUUUUGUGCAAAGGUGGAUUAAACUCUUCACAAGUAUUUAUUAAAUAUACUUUUAAUCCGUUUGAUCUUAAUUUGCCUCUGCUUGAGGCUGAGGUAAAUAAAGCUUUUGCAGUAUUUUUAAUGAGUAACAAUAUGUGAUCUUAUAGGGUAAGUUAUCGUUCAGUUUAAUGGUCCCAAUUAAUACAAUUUAUGAUGUAAUAUUUCCUGAGGCUUUCGUCAAGCUUUGGAUUAUGCGUUACUUUUUUUCUCAUCCUUCAUUACAAAGGGGGCACUGGAAAUAAUGUGUAAAUAUUGCUAUUUAAAUGCAUGUUGGCUUCAUAACUGUGGAUGUGUCGGUGAAGCUGACUGUGACUGCCCUGCUGCACAAUACAAAAUUAAAGUGAUGCUUUUUGCUAUGAAUACAAAAAUUUUUGCAGUAAGCAGGUUUUUUCUUCUUCCACUCCCCCCCCCAAAAAAAAAAAAAAAAAAAGGAUUGAAAAGAAUAAAACUAGCGGGAGUUGCAGGCUCCCACACAACUUUGUAUUGAGAACUGAGUAAUUUUGUAUGGCUGUUUUCUACUGAGAUUUCACUGCUUGUUGGAAGUUACAGAGAAUUAUUUUAAUUUCAUAUCGGAUUUCUAAUCUAGAGCAGCUUUUUAACUAGGCUGAGAAUUAGAAUAAUUUCUGCCAGUAGAGAGGAAGAAUUAAAUAAGCUUUCCAAGUCACUUUUGCAUGUUUGCUUUUUUGUUUUAAAGGUAUAGUCCCUGCCACUUACUCUGACUUGGAGCGGUGCAAUGACAGGGAGGUUUGUGUUUUCUUUUUUUUUCCUUUUUAGAAAAGAGGCUUGGGAGGAUUCUUCUCUCACUUACCCCUUUGCAGUGUAACUUCAAGUUUUGGAUUAGUGAGACACUAUACCUGAACAAAAGCUUAACGCUUGAGAAGGGAAGGUGUUGAGAAUACUAAUCUUUAACAGUCUUCUAGUACAAAUAGAUGAGAAGACCUACCGUAUUCACAUGGUGAGUUUUGAGGCCGGGCCCUAAGGAGCUUCCUUUUGGCUGUCUUGUUUUCCAACCAGACAUUAGGUCAGAGAGAAGACAGAACUUUUUGUUCUUUGAAGUAAAAUGUAAUAUUUUCUCCUUUCCUUUUUGGUUUCUGUAUUUGCUAUAAAGACCCCCUCUACCCAACAGGAAAAUUUCAUGCCCCUGCAGACCUGCCUUCUCCACACUUGGCUGAAGGUCACCCUGAAAGUUAGCAAUAAUCUGCAUCAGAAUUCGGUGAAGUUGAGCUGAAGCAGACUGCCAGCGUGAACUUCUCCAAAAGUCUGCCAGGAAAUCGCUGUGAAGAGAGAGGCUUCCUGACCUCGUUCUUGCUACCAAAAGCGUUGGUGAAGAGACCCUAGAUCCUGCUCCUGGCUGCACACCUCCCUGAACCAGCUUGGUUUGCUGAGCUGCCAAGGUGGCAUUGCAGUGGAGGGAUAGAAACCUCUAUCUGAACAGAGCCUACCUAUGUGCUGAGGUCGGUCCUGCUCCAAGAUGAUGGCUUAAAGGUCCCACUUUUCUACGUGCCUUUUUGAAUAUCUCUGUCAUAAAGAUGUCUCACGAUCACCACAUGAACGGCUCCAUGUUGCCAACCAUGCAUCCUCCUGAACAUCACCACUCAAUGGCAGCCCCAGGACAUGGUCAUGGAUCUGACAUGAUGAUGAUGAUGGCAAUGACUUUCCACUUCAGCUAUGAGAAUGUGCCAUUGCUGUUUUCUGGACUUGUAAUCAAUACUCCUGGAGAAAUGGCUGGUGCUUUUGUGGCUGUCUUCUUCCUGGCCAUGUUUUAUGAAGGCCUUAAGAUUGCCCGAGAGUGUCUGCUCCGUAAAUCCCAAGUCAGCAUUCGCUACAACUCCAUGCCAGUGCCAGGUCCCAAUGGCACUAUCUUGAUGGAGACGCACAAAACUGUUGGACAGCAGAUGCUGAGCUUCCCUCACCUCCUGCAGACUGUACUGCACAUCAUUCAGGUCGUGGUCAGUUACUUCCUCAUGCUGAUCUUCAUGACGUACAAUGGAUACCUCUGCAUAGCUGUGGCGGCAGGGGCAGGGAUGGGCUAUUUCCUCUUCAGCUGGAAAAAGGCAGUUGUUGUGGAUAUCACGGAGCACUGCCAUUAACAUCGGAUGCUGCCCAGAAGCUUCUGCACCCCACUGCUCUCUUGAAGUGCAGCCAUCACGAGGACUGGAUCGUUCCUAAGCUGAAAGAGAAACAAUAUAAAGAAAAUCAACUGGACUUCACCACAAAUUCCUAGCUGGGGUGUAGGGAUGUGAGGAUCUGGGGUAUGCUGCUCCCCCUUGCUGCAGGCUGGCAGCAGGGUUGACUCUUGAGGGUCCUGUGGUAGCCAUUCUUGGCUAGGAUUUGCUUUAUUCUUAGAUUAUGCCGUGAUUGAAAUUAGUUGGCUGACAGAAAUGUAGAAAAUAUUCUUUUUUAAAAAAAAAAAAAUUUUAAAUUUAAAAGCUCAUCUGUGAGGGUUUUAUGAACCGUAGGUAAAGAUCAAAGUUGCCAAUGGAGCCCAUGUGUGUGAAUGGCUAUUUUAAUUUUACUUUUUUUCAAUAUGUACAUAAUGCCAAGGGAGGAGAUCUCCCUGGCAUUGUAGCUUUUGGGGCCAAUGACACCUUCUGUUGCAGAAGGACUCAGCCUCUGAGGAAGAUUUGGUGCUGCACAUCAGACAAGCUCAGGUGUGUCCUGGCAAGGGAGUACUUUGACAUAAGUAUGUGACUCGUGCUUCAGGGGGGUCUAGAUGAGUCCGUCCUCCAAGCCCAUCAGAGUAUGAUGACUGUUGUUAAUCUUCUGAUGUAUCCAGCAGCUUUACACAGCUUCAAGUGGUAACAUACGGUUUGGCUGCUUCCACUUCACAAUCAUGGAAAUACACAGAGUAGACAGAGGAUGACAAUUGUGUAUUUACAGGGCAAAAAGAUUUUAAAUAAACCAUUGAACCCGCAUUUACUUCACGUUGAAUUGCACCUGGAUGGAUCUAGAACUAGGCUUUUGGUUUACUAAAACUAGUUCUGUAAAUGAGACAAGAGCUAAAUAACGAUUUCAUGACACUAAAGGUUAAAAUGUCUGAAGAGGGCAUUCCUUGAUUGAGAUGAAGGAAGUAAACCAACAGUGUAUGAAAGAGGCAAAGUUAUUUUCAUGGAAAAAUUCUAGUCACCUCCUGAUGAGAGAUAGGAAAAGCUCUUCCCCAGUCUGAUCUUUGAAGGGAGUUAUGUCUGCAAUGGUCUGCAGAAGGACAUACUGGUGCCCUCUCUCUGCAUCUAUCAUGACGGUAAAAAUCUCUGAGCCCUCUAAGCAAUCAGGCCUCUCUGUGAGAGUGGAAAACAGACCCUUCCAACCCCUGUGUGAGAGCUGUGAGGAAAUCGUAGUGCUUGUCAGAGAAAAUUGAAGCAGUUAAGUGCUGGAGAUGGUUGUUUAUGUUUUGAAAGCUUUACACUUCAGGGGCUUGAUCCCUGAAGGAGUUCAGAGCCAACGUUGCCGACACCGCUCUGAUUGGUUUCUCUUGAACGAGAUGGAGUUGUUGCUGUUGCAGGGAUGUCUGAUUAUAGGGUAUAGUCACAAGUGGCUUUGUGUGAUGACACUAGUUACUUCAUGUACCUCUUGCUGUGUCUUUCUCUAAAAUGAACCUCUGCUUGGCCUGAUCUUCUCUCCAUCACCUUUUAGCCACCUUUCCUUGUAGUCAAGUGACCAGACUUGAAGUCUCCGAUUCAAGCGAUCAGAGAUGAAUGACUUGGAGAUUAGGCAACAGCUGUGGCUUUUACAAUAUAAAUUCGGUUCUCUUGUUAGCUUUUCUGCCUCAUUCUACGUGUAGCACCUGUGCCCUUGAAAUUGUUUCUCCCCCCGAGGAUGAGUACCUCUGUCUUGAAAGGGUCAUCUCCUGCCCACGCUCACACAGGAGAGGGCACACAGCUUUCUCCAGCGUGCAGAGAGGGAAGUGAUGCUGACCUAGCAGCAGUCACUUGGGGAGCAGGAACCCGGGCAGAAAUCUCCCAAGUGUCUAGCAAGUGCCCAAGCUACCUUCCAGCAGCCUGUAAGAAUGAUGGUUUGAGCAUUGGGCAGUACCCGAGUUAGAAAUGAGAGCCCAGGCUGGGCUUUGGGGAGAGGUGCACAAGGGAAGGUCUGAAGGGAAGGUGGUUAAGGAGAGAAGAUGGAGGGCUGUGUCCUCUCUGCUUCUGGGCUCGCUGAUACAGCGAGGCACAACUGAGAAAGGGACGUUUCCAGUCCAUGUCUCCCUGCCAGCUUUGGCCAUGCUUUCUUUUGGUUCAAUGUUGACAAUCCAGAGAAGCCACCUACCAGCCUCCCCCUGGUCCACCAGAUGCCACCGGCUGCCGUGUUCUUGGCCCAGGUUGCUGUUUGCUUUGCCAGAGUCUGAGCAAAACCUGGCCUCCCUACUGAUGACUUGUACUGGCUGCUUUUGGGGCAGUCCCAGCCUUUCUGGCGGCUGUAUUUAAAGUUGUCCUGAUAACGCUAAACUCGCAUUAGGUAGUGCUUGGAGGGAGGACUCUAAUGAUUGUAAGACUUGAGUAAAUUAAGUUCGUAUGUCAACACACAUGUAGCAUGCUUGGAACGUGAUGUCCUGAGUCUGUCUUUGUACCCCAAUGUUUGGUCUCCACACGCUGUGCCUCUGGAUUAUCAUCUUGGAACAAGUGCACAAAACAUCCGGGCUGUGUUCAUCAGCUGGCUUUUGUUGUUUUUCUUUGAGUGCCUUUUCAGUUUGUCUGGAGCCAGUCCCACCAAAUCCAGCAGGAUUUCUAGUUUUGUUUACAGUGGACUGUCAGUUUUCUUUUUACUCUUGCUCUUUGUGGCGGUAACUUGUCUAAUGUUACUGUGAAUAUCAAGAAUCUCCUGUAUAUAAUUAACCAAUAAAAUAGAUUGCAUUU